GUUUAAUUUCUGUCAUUAGGGGUAUUUUGGUCAGAAUCUGCCUUAAUUGUCAAACCCUGAGAACUGAAUCUCACUUUGCCAAAUCGUAAGAGUAAAUCUUUUUUUCAUUGCUUUCGUGAAAAUUUCUUUUCCUUUUAUGUAUCUCUUUCGUGUUAGGGUUUGUUGAUUGAUAGAGAGAGCGUGAGAUCUGGCUGGAUUCUUCUUCUCGGCAUCUGUUGUUCGUUAGUUUGGAUUUGAAAAAUGGCUCUCAAUUUCCCAAAGGGAAUUGCUGCGUUCCAUGUGAAGGUAUACAAGGUUGUGGAAGAUCCUUCGACAGAUGCAAUAAUCUCAUGGGGCAAAGACAACAACAGUUUCGUCAUUUGGAAUCUGGAAGAGCUAAUCAGCAGUAAGAUACUUUGGAGAUUCCACUGCAUGAAAUUCCCCGAGUUUCACUCCGAGCUUAGGUAUUAUGGCUUUCAAAGAAUUAAGAAUGGGUCUGGGGAAUUGGAAUUUGGAAAUGAAGAUUUUGUGAGAGGCCAACCUGAGCGUUUGAAGAACAUGGUGAUGAGAGCUAUGAGUAAGAACAGGGCCAAAUUUAAUGCUAGAGAAGCAGUCAAGGAUCUGCAAAGUUUAAAGAUUUGAUCAGAAUCAUCCUUGCUUGCAUGCAUUUAUGUUAAAUAUUGAUAAGUUGCUUUCUUGUAUCAAUACUUUAGUGGCUUUGCUGAGAUAAUGAAAUUUGCGGAGCAAGUAACUAUAUAUACUACGUUAGUUAUAAUGUUAUCUUCUCAUUGCGUAGAACUUUAGAGAAUAUAUUAAUUAAGGUUACUUAUCUUAUGGCUAUACGCUUUAAUAGAUAUGUUGGUAUGGUUGUGCUGUUUUCAUUUCAAAGUCUCAAAAUCCUUCAUCUUUUGGCUUUAUCUUGUUGUGUAAUCUUUUUUUUUUUUUAAUUAUCCCAUGUGUGAUUUCUAAAAUCACACCUAAAGUGUAUUUGUGUAAGAUUGGAAGAGAAUUAAGGGCUGUAGAGACUGAAAGCUUGAUGUCCAAGCAACAUAUGAGAAGAUAAGCAUUGAUUAGAGCUUACUAGAGUCUAUCUAAGGUUGGUGUAGACUAAGCCAUAGUUAGAUAAUGCUUUAAUUUGCGACCACAUUAAAGAAGAAACGGCUACCACUCUGGUUUUGAGGUUGUAAGUUUGUCUUCUAGUGUUUUCAAAUGUUAAAAGUUUGUUUGUCGCUCAAGGACGCAAAACAUGUUUUUUCAAUCUGUCAUCUUUGAGAUAAGAUUGAGCCUUGGCGUUUGCACGGGAAACCCUAAUGGUGUCGCCACUAUAAAGGGAAGUUGUGAGCCAGAGGAGGGAGUAACACAAGCAGAGUAAAGAACAGAGAGAUAUUGAAAGAAGAGUGAAAAAGAGUAAACUUUUGUCUCACUUUCUUUCUAGCUUAGAAGUUACAGAGUGAGUCUAUUAGCCAGUGAAGGGAGGCGUUCACUUGUAAGCUUCUUUUAAGGCUGUAAUCUCUUUGAUAUCUAAUGGAUUCCGAGGACAGUCUCGACCCAGACGUAGCCUUUUUUGGGUGAAUUGGGUUAAUAAAUCACCUUGUGUUCCUCUGUUCUUGCAACUUUCUCCAAGUUCUUUGUGGGUUUAUUGGUCUGGUUACAGAGGAAAGUCAACACCCUUGUGACGGUUUCAGACCUAACCUCAUAAUGCGCUAAGAUCUAUCUAAUAAGAAUUCGAAGAAUUGGAUUUGAUUAAUAUUAGAAUGAGUACUAAAAGUUAUCAUACUCUCUAUAGUCUUCGACUUCUUUGUAUAGCCUUCAAUCGAAUGGAACUGCUUCCGUAGAUCUCGGGUUAUACUUUCUAUUCGACUCCGCAGAUUUCAGGAUCUUUGACCUAGUGGAUGACAUUGACAAGUUUUCUUGUACGACUAGAGCUCAUCGCUACGAGCUGGCCAUGUCAAAUCACGAGUUAUCUAUGGAGACACAUAUCUAUGUAGGGUUUUUCUUGACGUAGUCAGACGGGUUGUUGCGGAGUCUACUAUGGCAGACCAUUAUUUCUCGUGUAACAAAAACAAAUAUCUUCAGUUAUAAAAAAAAAUUCAACAGAUGAUGAAGAAGAUGAGGAAGAAGAUGAGGAGUAAGAAGAAGAAGAUGAUGCAGUGGCGGAGCUAGAACUUGUAUUUACGGGGGUCAAAAUGUCAAAUUAAUAAUUAUAGGGGUCAAUUUGUUCUUUGUAUUGGUGUCAAUUUGAAAAAUUUAGCCAAAAAUUAACUAAA